AUGGCAGGUGAACCCGAUCCCGAGAAUAUAAUCACCCCGGCCCAAUCGCACGUCGGUAAAGGGCUCGACAAGAAGACGAUCCAGGACGAUGCCGUUUUCGGAGAGAUCCAAGAAGGCGGCGUCAACUAUCGCGACGUCGGGUGGAAGGGGACUACGGCCCUGAUGUUGAAGACUCAGAUGGGACUGGGCGUGCUAUCCAUUCCCCAGGUCUUCGAUACUCUGGGUAUAAUACCGGGGAUUAUCAUCGUGCUCGCGGUAUCCUUCAUGACGGGGUGGUCGAACUGGAUGGUUGGAGUCUUUAAACUCCGCCAUCCGGAAGUAUACGGCAUUGAUGAUGUUGGAAGGAUGCUAUUUGGCCGUGUUGGCUUCGAGCUGCUGGGUGCUGCGUAUAGUCUGUUCUGGAUCUUUGUGUCCGGUUCGGCAAUGUUAAGCAUCUCGAUUGCUCUCAACGCACUAUCCUCCCACGCAAUUUGUACUGCGAUUUACGUGGUUAUUGCUGCCAUCAUUGGGUUCGUCCUUUCAAGCAUCCAAACCCUCGCUCGCAUGAGCUGGCUUGCUUGGGUGGGUACAAUAUGCAUAAUCCUUUCAGUGUCCAUUGUCACCAUUGCCGUUGGAGUCCAAGGUCAUCCUCCCGCAAUAGAUGGUAUUAUCCCUGAGCCCGACUACAAAUUGUUCGGCAGCCCGACUUUUACCGAUGCCAUGAGUGCUAUCUCAACUGUGUGUUUGAGCUAUGCUGGGACUCCCGCUUUCUUUAACAUUGUCGCGGAAAUGAAAGACCAACGGCUCUAUAAUCGGUCGCUGGCUGUGAGUCAGAGCAUUAUUACAAUUGUCUAUAUUGUCUGCGGAACAGUUGUAUAUCUUUACUGUGGAUCACACGUUGCAUCCCCAGCGCUUGGUUCAGCAGGGGUACUCAUCAAGAAAAUAUGUUAUGGCAUUGCUUUACCAGGCCUGAUUGUUUCAGAAGUAGUGUUACUUCAUUUACCCGCAAAACAUAUUCUGGUCCGCAUUCUUCGCGGCUCCAAACAUCUAACAACCCACACCACAAUCCACUGGGUAACAUGGCUAGGCUCCACAUUCACCGUCUCACUAAUAGCCUACAUAAUCGCCAGCGGGAUUCCCGUUUUCAGCGGCCUUGUCUCCCUAGUCGGUGCCCUUUUCGCAACCUCGCUCAUCUUCCAGCCCAUGGGUUGUAUGUGGCUGUACGAUAACUGGGGCACUGGCCCGGAUGGGAAAUCAGUCUGGUGGUUGGUCAAGGCGGCCUGGAGCUGUUUUAUCAUUGCGGUUGGGUGUUUCCUCACUGUUGGUGGGACAUACGGCUCUAUUGUUAGCAUUAGGAGUUCUUAUGAUGAGAGUGGCGGGUCGGCGGCAUGGUCCUGUGCUAAUAAUGAUCUAUGA